GUUUAUUAUUAUGGUGUUCUUGUUUUUCGAUCUUUGUGCAAAUACACAAAACUCUUAUUUUCUGUCGUUGGCGAGGAGAGAAAAAAUCGUAAGAUAACAUUAUUGACAAAUUGAUCUGUCACUUAGCCAUUCAAAAUUUUAAGACAACGCUGAAUCGGGUCGCUGUUCACAAAUAUUAAGUUUAUUUGCAUGAUGGAGGACCUGGUUCGCUCUAUGAUAUCGAUGUUGGACACAGGCAAUGAGGAAGACAUAUGUGCAAAAUUCCAAGAGUUUAACAAAGAGAAUGCACGAACAUUUUCAUUUGAUAUUGACGCUGAGUACAAAAAGAAUUUGAUUAGAGGUAUUAUUGAUAGUCUUGCCAUGCCGAGGAGUAGUGAGUGCCAUGCACAGUGUUUAGAAACUCUGCGAAUUCUGAGUCGUGAGAAAUUCAAGCUGUACACCAUGGCUGAAAGAGAAGGUGUGCAGAUAUUACUCAGACACGCUGGUUUGGAUAUUGAAUCAGUGCAUGAAAUGGAAGACAAGGUGACUAUAGAAGCACAAAAAUGUCUUUGUAAUCUAGUAUUUAAUAGUGACGCUGUUCAGAGAAUAUGUAGCUCAGAUAGCACCUGUGUUGAAGCAGUCAUAGCGAGAAUGAAACUGUAUAAAGGCACAGAUAUAAACGCAGAUAUUAAGUUCUUUGACAUGAGGCUAUUGUUCCUGUUAACUGCUUUGUGUUCCCACAUCAGGCCACGUUUUGGUAACGAUGUUGCAGCACUUUUAUUGCUCUUAGAGACAUUAGAAUCCACAACUCAGAGCGAUGAUUGUAGUGAAACAGACAACGAAACGAUCUACCACAUGAUGAGUGACAGAGAUGCAAACUUAGCAAUGGAGGUGCUAAAGACGCUAUUCAAUGUAUCCAUGGGAGCAAAAAGAGGAGAAUUAGAUGAGGAAGAAGAAACUUUGUAUGUUCAGCUUGGAGGAAUAUGUAGAGCACUGUUACUAAGCAAAACAUCCACUGAUGAGAAGACUGAAGAGCUUCAAAGCCAUACAGUGAAUCUACUGACCAAUAUGCCAAACUGCUGUAUCCAGGAAUUGACUCCUGAGUGCCCUGAUGAGGGCGCUGCUGGUGGAAAGAUGGUACAUGAAAUAUACCUUGGUCGCAACAUUGAUGCCGGCAUUGUUCUGAAGCAGUUUCUAGAGAAACGGCUUGAAAGGGGUGGUAAAGGUUGUCGUUUAGUAGAAAGUCUCACACCGAUACUGAGUGCCUUGCAUGCAAUUUGUAAAGCAAAUAAAAGUAUCAGGAAACAUCUGAGAAAUGAGAUUUUACCUCCUCUCAGGGAUGCAUCUAAAUUACCAGAAGAGGGAGAAACAAUUAGAAACAGGCUUGUUAGAUUAAUGACAAACCCUUCCACUGAUGUAAAAGAUUUAGUUGCUGACUUACUUUUUGUUCUCUGUAAAGAAAAUGUUGAUCGACUAGUAAAGUACACUGGGUAUGGUAACGCAGCUGGGUUGUUAUGCCAACUAGGAUUGAUGGCUGGUGGUCAUGGUGAUGGGGACUAUAGCACUGAUGAAGAGAGUGAUACAGAAGAAUAUUUGGAAGUCAGAAAUAAGAUCAAUCCUAUUACUGGGCGUGUAGAGGAGGAUAAACCAGACCCCACUGAAGGAUGGACAGAAGAACAAAAAGAAUUUCAUGCCAAUCAGCUGGCUAAUAUGUUUGAUAAAUUAUCAAGAGAGGGUGUUAUACAACCGAUGAAAGUAGGACCAGAUGGUAGACCCGUACCAAUAGAAGAAGCUGUACACCAGAUUGAAUUACCAGCAGAGAGUAGUGAUCUCAGUGAUGUUGACUAGGUUAUCCCCAUGGCGAUGCAAUCCAUUUCACUUAUUUUACUGGCAUGCGCACACAAAUAUAUGUAGGUUUCAAAUACAUUUUUUUUUUGAAUACCUUUAUGUGCAAUUUUAGAAUGUUUCGAAAUUGCAUUAUGGGAAAUGUCAGACAGUUGCAUCGAACAGCAACGAACAACUUUGAUAAUUUAAUUUGUGCUGUAUUUUAUCAGCUGUAAUACGUACAAUGAUCACAAUGGCGGACAUAACCGGCUUGUAUUAUAGUUGAUUGUAGACUGGCCCAGCCUUGGAAAUUGUAGAAUUCUUAGUUCGAUGCGAAAUUACCAUUACUGGUCUAUUCCAAGGCAGCUUACAAUAUUUAUCACCUCAAGAAUGCAGUGACAACUAUAGAGGGCACGUCAGUAUUGACCAGUCAUGGAUUUAUCAUAUACAACAAUAAAAUUGCCACGAAGGGGCCAGUCCAAGUUGAUUGGUGCAUUGUGCUGUGUGAAUCAAAUACUGUGAUUCAGAUAGAACCCUUCUCUCCCCCUCCCCCCAAUUUCUACUGGCUGUAGUAAAUUGUGUUAAUAUUAAAAAACAUGUUAAAAUAUCUGCCACUAUAGAUACAAAUGUCAGUGAAACUAAAAUGCUCUGUAAAUUCCAUGUACUUAGAUUUAUGUUGCCGAGACUGUAAAAUGAGUUCAUUACUUUCAGAUUUAUUUAAUUUAAAGCAUCUAUAUGUUUUCUGUAACAAAAGCUAUG